GGCAGGCAAAGCUUCCGCCCGGUUAUGGGGCCGCGCGUGUUGCCGCUGCCGCUGCUACUACUGCUAGCUCUGCUGCACGGAGCCGAGGCAGCAGCGCUCACGCCACUGCUCCCCUCGGAGGACACGCAUUCGCCACUGCCCGCCGUGACGAACGGGAGCCAGCCGGGCACAACGCACAAUGGCACGCACUCGCGGCUGCCGGGCUCAUCAGGCUCGCCGCUUCUGCGCUCCUUCUACGUACUCAUGGGCCUCGUUGGCCUGUCGCUGCUGUACUUCCUCAUCCGGGCAUUCAGGUUGAAGAAGCCACAGCGGAGAUACGGCCUCCUCGCCAACACCGAGGACCCCGCAGAGAUGGCCUCACUGGACAGCGACGAGGGGACAGUGUUUGAGACGAGGAAUCUGAGAUGAUGCUCAGGCCAGAGAGGCUGUGUUUACAGUGGCCCCGGGGGAAGGACAGAGAUGGGGCUGCUCCCAGUGCCUGCUCACCCUCUGCUUCUUGUGCCAGAUGGCCCCGAGAGCUCGUGUGGGACCUUCCCAGCCUGUGAAGCCACCUUGGCCCUCCACCCAGACAGGACCGCCCAGCCCAGGAUGCUCGGUGCCACAUGGGGAGAACGUGGACCCCGAGGCCCCCUGUCUGGACUGUGAUUUGUUCCUGUCGCCUUCCCUCACAGGGACACAGCAUCCUGAGCUGAGGCCUGGGGGGUGGGGGGCUGACGGCCUUGUCUGAGAGUGCCUUCCCACUGGCACUGGGCUGGGCAUAAUAAAGGCAGCAGUGGCUCUGUGA